AUCUGACCCCUCUCUCACCCUAUUGGUCAUUGCUCAUCCACUAGAUUCAACCGACUACUGUACUGUAAAAGAUAAAAAGAAAGGGUGGAUAAUAAUAUCUGGGUUUUUUGUGGGUAGGAGUGCAUUAUUUAAGAGGCUUUAAGUUAAGUGUGGUUUUUUCAUAUUUUGGGGAGAUGGGUUUUUGGUGAUAUAUUGAAUCUGGGGUUUCUUUCUUGUAGGGUUUUAUGAGUUUAUUAAGAAAAGGGCAAAAGAGAAUAGAGUGAGAGAGGAAAAGCAAAAGACGUGGUCUUUCUCAUAUACACAGAUCCCAAUGGAAUGCAGGGGUGCUCCCCAGCAUUGCUCGCUAGAUAUUCAUUCUUUUUGUUUAGUUUAAAGAGACCAGUUUUUGUUGUUCUCUUGAGAGAGAUAGACAGAGAUUUUGUGGGGAGGAAUAAGGAGUUUAGCAUAGAAGGAAGAGUUUUGCUGAUGGAGGGAAGCAAGAGAUUUUGCUAUGAUUAGUUUAUUAGGUUGCCAAUGAUUGAGUUGCCUUGUAGCAGGAGAUAGAUACUAGUAAGAAGAAAAAAUAGGACCUUUGGGAGUGAAAAAAGGAAGAGAGAGAGAGAGAGAGAUAGAUUUUACAAGAAGAAGAAGAUGAAGUCCAUGAAUGAUAACAGUGGCAGCAAUAAUAACUGGUUGGGCUUUUCUCUCUCACCCCACAUGAAAAUGGAGGUUCCUUCUGAUCCUCAACAACAACAUCAGUACCAUCAUCAUCAACAGGGCCAGGCUUCUUCAGCUGCUGUUUCUAGUGCUCCUCCUCCUACUAGUUACUACCUUAAUACCCCAGCUGGAAUUUGUUACUUGGUUGGAGAAAAUGCUGGUUUUCACUCUCCGUUGUCUGUAAUGCCACUCAAGUCAGAUGGCUCUCUUUGUAUUAUGGAAGCUCUCACUAGAUCACAACCGGAAGGAAUGGUGCCAAGUUCAUCACCAAAAUUGGAAGACUUUUUAGGUGGUGCAAGUAUGGGAACCCAUGAGUAUGGAACUCAUGAAAGAGAAGCAAUGGCGCUAAGCUUAGACAGCAUUUACUACAACCAAAAUGCCGAGGCUGAAACCAGCAGGGAACAUUCACUGGGCCUUCUCCAAGAACCUUAUAGGCAACAAGAGCAACAUAUUCCGGUUCAAACCCACCCAUACUAUACUGGGCUUCACUGCCACGGGAUAUAUCAAACACCAUUGGAGGAUGAAUCAAAGCAAACCCAUAUAGCAGAUUGUGAUUCUCAAAUCCCUCACAUGGCGGAAGACGGGAUUCCUUGCUUGAAAAACUGGGUGGCUAGGCAGUACUCUGCCCAGCAUGCUCUGGAGCAGCAAAUGAAUGGUAACAUUGUUGAUGAUAAUGGUGCUUCUGGGUCUGUAAAUGCAAUGGGAUGUGGGGAUUUACAGUCUUUAAGCUUGUCCAUGAGCCCUGGUUCUCAGUCUAGCUGUGUUACAGCUCCAAGGCAGAUCUCACCUACUGGAGCUGAAUGUGUUGCCAUGGAAACAAAGAAGAGAGGUCCUGGAAAAGUUGGUCACAAGCAACCUGUACAUAGGAAGUCCAUUGACACAUUUGGACAGAGAACUUCACAGUAUAGAGGUGUUACAAGGCACAGAUGGACUGGUAGAUAUGAGGCCCAUCUGUGGGAUAACAGUUGCAAGAAGGAAGGGCAAACCAGGAAGGGAAGGCAAGUUUAUCUUGGGGGUUAUGAUAUGGAAGAGAAAGCUGCAAGAGCAUAUGACCUUGCUGCCCUGAAGUACUGGGGGCCUUCAACUCAUAUUAACUUUCCGCUAGAAAACUAUCAAUCAGAACUGGAAGAAAUGAAGAACAUGAGCCGGCAAGAAUAUGUUGCUCACUUGAGGAGGAAAAGUAGUGGGUUUUCAAGGGGAGCUUCAAUGUACCGAGGAGUGACAAGGCAUCACCAACAUGGAAGAUGGCAAGCUAGGAUUGGCAGAGUUGCAGGAAACAAGGACCUUUAUCUGGGGACAUUCAGCACUCAAGAGGAAGCAGCCGAAGCCUAUGACAUUGCUGCCAUAAAGUUUCGUGGCGUAAAUGCAGUCACCAACUUCGACAUAACCAGAUAUGAUGUUGAAAGGAUCAUGGCAAGCAAUACUCUACUUGCUGGGGAGCUGGCUAGGCGAAACAAAGAUACAGAUUCAAGAACUGAAGCUAUUGAUUAUAAUCCACCAAUGCACAAUGGUGGGGAAGCCAAUCAAACUGAAAAUGGAAAUGGUAAUGGUAAUAGCUCGGAUUGGAAGAUGGCUUUGUAUCAGUCCACACAGCAACAGCAACAGCAACAGCAACAUCCACAUGCGUGUGUUGAGUCACUUGAUCAUCAGAAAUCUGUUAAUUAUCGGAACCCGUCUUUCUCAAUGGCCCUACAAGACUUAAUUGGUAUUGAUUCAGUGAACUCAAGUCAGGCGAUGGUAGAUGACUCGAGCAAAUUUGGUACACACUUUUCAAAUCCAUCGUCACUUGUGACCAGUUUGAGCAGCUCAAGAGAGCCUAGCCCAGAUAAAACCGGCUCCACAAUGCUCUUUGCAAAGCCCCCUUCAGCUUCAAAGUUCAUUAGCCCUGCCACCGGUGUUAGUUCCUGGUUCCAAUCACCUCAGCUGAGGCCUACACCAAUCUCUAUGUCUCACUUGCCAGUUUUUGCUGCUUGGACUGAUACUUAAAAAAAAAAAAAAAAAAUGAAAGCCUUUAUGCGUUUUGUUACACCAUGUAAAGUUUUGCAUGCACAAGAAUGUAGAAUUUGGUGUUGGUAGUGUGGAGGAAAAAGGAAGAUGCAGUAAGAUUUUGAUUUUUGUUUACCAAAAAGUAGUACCUAGUGGAAGAAAUGGUGGAAUUAAUGCAAGACAAAUGUGGGAGCCAGUUAUGUUGUCUCAAACCAAAGUGUAAGCAACUUUUUCAAAACUGAACCUUUUUGGUUAUAUCACAAUGAAGAUUUUGCAAAAUGGAGGGAAGGUAUUAAGGGAGAAGCUAAUGAUUAAAUUCUUUGAAAUGAUGUUUGCAAUAUAGAAGUGGUCUAUUACAUUAUUGAA